AUGUCUGACAAUGGUCGGCAAUUCAACAGCGGACCAACUCGGGAGUAUUGUGCUCGCUUCGGCAUACAGACCAGGUUCUCAGCAGCGUCCCGACCACAAACCAACGGUCAAGCUGAGGCUGCUAACAAGAUAGUGCUCAAAGGAAUCAAAAAAUCCUUGGAUGCAGCAAAAGGGGAUUGGGUAGACGAUCUACCUGGAGUUCUCUGGUAUGCUCGGACAACUACUAAGGAAGCAACUGGGCACUCCCCGCUCGGUUUGGUAUAUGGCAGUGAAGCGGUCCUGCCGGUAGAGGUUGGCAUCCCAUCACCUCGGAUCACCUUCUAUGACUUCGAGCAAAACGAAGAAGAAAAGCCUGUUAACCUCGACCUACUACCAGAAACAAGGGGCAAUGCUUUACUAAGGUCGAUCUGCUACAAACAGAGGGUGACUCGGUAA